CUGUUUUGUUGUCGGGUUGCUGGGAACAGGUGUGGCUCAAGGCUUUCUUCUCCGGCGAGAAGAACGGCAGCCUGCUCCGUGCGUCCUUAGAUGUUCCGGGGAUUUGUUUCGUUAAUGGGCCGGAAAUGCGGCGUCGGGAUUGCCGGAGUGACAUCAUCCGAAGAGCAGGCGAUGUGGCUCCGUAGACGACAGAUCCCCCUGGUUUAAUGGGUCCGAUAAUCGGGAUGUCGCCGGAUAAGAAAGCGGAAACCCCAGGGGCACAAGAGGAGCGUGCAGGGCUGAGGGGUGCUUGUGGCGCGGGGACUUUGCCCGAGGCCGAGAGCGCCUCGAGUCCCUUGGCCACCAGCCUGGACCGUGCGGGUGGGGCCGACGGUGCGGCCGAAGACGAGGAGCUCACAAAUCUCAACUGGCUACACGAAAACCUGCUACAGAACUUCACCCUGGGGGGACCAGAGGCACAUCCCAGCGGUAGCCCCCUGUUUGACAUUGAGGGCGAUGGCCUCCCGUUUUCUUCCGUGUCAUCCUCCGCGUCCCCGUCAUCUUCCUCCCUCCUGGGGGGCCGAGGUGGAGAGAAGGACUCGCUGAAAUCCAAGCCGCCCUUCUCCUUCUCCCUGCUCAUCUACAUGGCCAUAGAGCAGUCGCCCGGCAAGUCCCUCCCCGUCAAAGACAUCUAUGGUUGGAUCUUGGAGCACUUCCCUUAUUUCUCCAGCGCCCCCACUGGCUGGAAGAACUCGGUGCGCCACAACCUUUCCCUCAACAAGUGCUUCCGCAAAGUGGAGAGGAACCUGGGCAAGGCCAACGGAAAGGGAUCUCUGUGGUGUGUGGACCCUGAGUACCGACCCAACCUCAUCCAAGCCCUGAAAAAACAGCACUUCCCUACCGCACACGCCUUCUGCACACCACCCGCCUCCCCACCCAGCGCCUCCUCUCCCCCACGACACCUCGUCCUCCAAGACCAGAGCUGCUCUCUCAAAGAAUCUGACAUUGACGCUGCCACUGCCAUGAUGCUCUUAAACUCCGCUCCGGGGCAGCACGCUGACCGAUGCGGUCCCGACAGCCCGAUGGACCUGUCCCGGCCGGAUGCGGUCCUGGUCAGCAGCGAUCCGAAGCAGGACCACAAUUACAGCAGCGUGCCUGUGCAGCGCUGCUCUUCCCGCUCCAGCUCAUCUUCCUCCUCCUCCUUAUCGUCCCUGGACGAGGGCGGGGGCGCCCCCCCGCAGGCCCGCCGUGCCGGCAGCGAGGGCUUCCACAGCGACGAGGACUCCGAUCUAGGGGAGGAGAGGGGAGCCCUGGGAGGGCCCGGCCACGCCAAGCCGGCCCCCCACCGGCCGACGCUCGCCAAGGGGCCGCCUGGGAAGAAGGCGCGGUGCGAGACCAGGCCGGAGGUGGACGAGGAGCUGAAGGAGGCGGCGGGGUCACUGCUGCACCUUGCCGGAAUCCGCACCUGCCUGGAUGUCUCCAAAAACAGUGCCAAGAGUAAAAAACUCGGCAGGAAAUGAGACACCCGCCCCCGACCCCUCAACCCCUUAAUCUCUGAACCCUGACCCUUGACCGUUUCCUGGCACCUCUUUCUCUGGUGAAUCAUUAUCUUUAUUUUCCGAUUUUCUAAAAAAAAAAAAAAAAAAAAAAAAAAAAA